AUGGUGGUCUUACUGAAUGUUGCUUAUUCUAGUCUUGUUGGGACUGAAGAGGUGAUCCGUAAAGUGAACAAGCAGCACGCCAUCCUGGACGUGGACGAGCCGGUUUCUCAGCUUCACAAAUGUGCUUUUCAGUUCAGAGACAGCCCACACUCUUACCUGUGCUUGUCCAAUGAGAGCAUCAUUCAGUACCACAGCCCAGCACGGGACCCCAGCCGCGAGGUUCUGAACGACGGCUCCUGUUGGACCAUCAUUGGAGUGGAGUCUGUGGAGUUCAGCUUUUACCAGAGUCUGGCUCAAGCCCAGAGUCCUGUCAGCCCGUUCCCCAUCAUCUGUGCGCUGGAGGUCAACGGUGGGGAACAUGUGGCCACGCUGGACAUCCACGGAGAGAACUUCAGUCCCCAUAUCAAAGUGUGGUUUGGGAAUCAUGAGGCAGAAACUAUGUUCAAGUGA